AGAGAAAACCUAAGAUUAAGGAGAUAGAAGACACAGUAGAAUUGAGCAAGGAAGACGCGAACAGAGAGAGAGCCGAUGGUGUGCAGGUCCUCACUGCUUUGAUGCGUCGCGUUAAAAAGUGCAGAGAUGAUUUUAACCAAACAGUUAAAGAGAAACUGAAAACCACAGAGAAACAAGCUGAAGACCUCAUCAAAGAGCUGGAGCAGGAAACAGAAGAUCUGACCAAUAGAAGCUUAGUGGUGAAGCAGCUCUCACACACUCAAGACCACCUCCACUUCCUCCAGGCCUUCAGUUCCCUGAAGGAUCCUCCACACACCAGGGACUGGACGACGGUGGAGGUCCGUCCUCCGUCACACGUAGGGACCUUGAGGAGAUCCCUGGAUCAGCUGGAGGAGACACUGAACAUGGAGAUGAAGAAGCUGCAUGAUGCUGAACUGAAGAGGGUCCAGCAGUAUGAAGUAGAUGUGACUCUGGAUCCUGAUACAGCUCAUCCCCAGCUCAUCCUGUCUGAGGAUGGGAAACAAGUACAUGAUGGAGGUGUAGGGAAGAAACUCCAAGACAACCCUAAGAGAUUUACAGAGUGUGUAUAUGUCAUCACGCGACAGAGCUUCUCCUCAGGGAGAUUUUACUUUGAGGUCCAGGUUAAAGACAAGACUGGAUGGUGUUUAGGAGUGGCCAGAGAGUCUAUCAACAGAAACGAUGAGAUCAUAGAGACCCGUGAGAAUGGUUGCUGGACUCUUAACUACUACAAUAAGUAUGGGUUGAUAGUGGAUGAUGACCCUGAUGUCUGUCGCCCUCUGAGAGCUGAGCUCCAGAUGGUGGGGGUGUUUGUUGAUUAUGAUGAGGGUCUGGUCUCCUUCUAUGAUGUAGAAGCCAGGGUUCAUAUCUACUCUGCUACUGGCUGCACCUUCAGUGAGAAGGUACAAACUCUGCCCCCCUGA